AGUCUCUCAGCCAUUGCCGCGUCCACUGCGUGCUCCUUGAUCCUCCUCCUACCACCAAGCAACCACCCGGUCCACUCCUAUAUAUACCCCCCCACCUCCUUGCCGCCAUUAUCCGCACCACCACCACCACCACCACCAUCAUCAAGAACUUUGAUUCGUCAGCUGCUUGAUCACAAAUUAAAACCCAAUUCCUUGCACGUCUCGUACAUAGAUAGAUGGAUCACCAUAGCGCGAUGCAGGGCGGUGGCGGCGCCGGCGCCGGAGCUGCCGCGCAGGAGUGGUUCUACGCCGGCGGCGGCCAGCAUCAGCCGGAGCAGGCCGUCGUCGUCGACGGGGCGUUCCUCAUGGAGCUGCUGGAGGACGCGCCUCUGGCGGACCAGGCGGCGCCGGAGGACGUGGACCGGCUGAGCCGCGUCAUCCGGUCCCUGGAGGCCGAGAUCGGCGGCGGCGGGCCGCCGCCCUCGGCGCCGGCAGACGGCCGAAGCACGGCGGAACACGUGCAGGCGGGCGACGUCGAUAGCGAGGGCCUGGAGGAGUACAUGCUGUCGGACCUUGAUAGCAUCCCGGCGCCCUGUGUAGCCGAGGCGCCGUUCGAGUACUGGGCGGAGGUGCCGCCGGCGGCGGGGCAUGAUAUGGGCGGCUGGUAUGUCGACGGCGACGGCGUCGGCGUCAUGGUGGGGUACGAGUUCAGAGAGCCGUGCCAUUACGGCUACAGUGAGAGCCCACACGUUGAGCAUGUGUACAGCCCCUUAUGGGAAUGAAAUAUGAAUGAUCAAAUCCGCGAGAAAUGGUACAACGUACUAUAUGAGUUCAAGAAGGCAAAUCGAUCUAUAUCCAAAAUUUUCAGCACUUUAUUUUAUUCA